CAUUUAGUGUUCAAAAUAGGUUGUUUUAAUGCUAUGUGCAGUAAGUACGACGAGUACGGCGAAUAAAUUAUUUGGGAUCUAGUCUAGGUAAUCAAAAAAUCAUAAAUAUUUUUCUGGAACAAGUUUGCACCUAACAGUUUGUAAUUCUACAUUAUCGACUUACGAAGAAUUAAUCUCCUUCCUGUCAUUUAUCAAUUUAUUAGUUUUUAUUACCGAUUUCACCGUUCCCUUCACUACGAUCCUGGUCAUGGUAUUCGUUUUACUCGUGACAAGAUGACGCUUUCGUCGAACAAUUUUUCAUCCUUAACUCGAGAAACUUAUCGACCUCGCACAAUUUUUCAAACACAGCUUCUAAACUCUGUCCUUUGCCGGAGUGCUUCAAUGGCUCAACCGAGCGUGCAAAAUAUUAAGUAACUGUUUCCAAGCCAUUACCCCGAUGUGCUUGCAAAAGCGGCAAAAACAUGGUCUUGUGAAAUGAGCGUAUCUGCUGAAUAUAUCCGCGCGGAUUAUGCGUUGAUGAUUGCAUCGAUUAUCGUGAUACCCCUGGCUCGCGUCACGCAGAAAAUGCAAUUUUUUUCACGUAAACUGUAUACACCAGUUUAGUUUUUAUAUUUAAUAAAACUCAAUCUCGAUCUAAAGCUCAACCUUUAUCUUUUGACAUGUUUUAAAUAUUAAAUUCUAGCGUUAAAUUAUUCAAAUAUUCCGGAUUAUAUUUUGAUAUAGAUUACAAUUCUAUCAUCUCGAAUUUUAAUCCACAAUUUUAUUUGGACGAUUAUAUUCUAUCUCGAGUCAUGUAUUAAAUUUUCCUUUUUGCAAAUAAGAAAACAGAAAGCUCGUAGAAAAAAUAUUUCUUUCGGUUUCACUAAAUAACUAGACGUCAAAAUUACUAAUAUUGGCUUGGAAGUAUCAUCCAUCGGAAAUCGACCAUGAUGAUCGACAGAAAGAAUAACCCCGGAAGCUGAAAAUAAGCGGUCAGACGAGACUCCAGCUGGAUUGAAACGAAUUGAAUUGGGUCAAAUUCGCGCGAAAAGGAUCGCGUGUCUCAAUCGAACAUGGACUUGCAAUGUAGCAUUGUUGAUACGGACAAAGAUAAUUCUAUCUACAAGCGCUAAGCUCGUCUUUAAUUCAUGUUCGAUCAGAUUUUACAUGUACGAGAUGGAAGUCCUGGAAACGCGAUCGAAAGACGUCAAUAACUUAAAUUUUCGUCGUUUCUUCCUGUUGGUUAGCUGUAAAAAUGAAUCGUAUCGCUGAUAUGUUGACAUUGUUGUUAAUUAUUUCCAACAGUUGUCAAUGUCAACGAUAGUGCCUAAUAUUAAUGAUCAUUGCAUCUGAUCGAGAGAAAACGAAACGAUAUACAUACUUCUUUCACAUUUCUAUUCUUUUAUCAGAAGCAAAUAUUUACAUACGCAUAUUUCAUACUCUGAAUAUUUAACUACGGAAUGAAUUAUCAUAAAUUUGGCUGUAGAGUGAAUUUUGAAACUCCCAGAAACCUCGUUAAAUUUGAAUGAAACAGAUAUAUAAUACUUAUAGGGGGUGAAAAAUAGAAUGGUUCAUGGUAAAGUAGAUUAUCAAGUUUAUGCAAUCAAUGUAUGUACGUAAAUACUAGUUCGUUAACUAUGCGACAACGAUUCGUAUCAGUUAGAACACAUCAGUUCACACGCUAGCAAGGUUAUUAAUAUUGUAGAACGGAACACAAGCAAUAUAGCAUUACAAAAAUAACAGAUAUUUUUCAGUUUUUAUCUUGAGAGCUUUAUUUUAUACUCAAGAGGAUCGUCGAGAUAGACACUAUAUCCAUGAAUGUAUCUGAUGGCCUUAGUCUCUUUGUCGUGUUGCUACUGACUCUGACGACAUUUCCGACUGACCCAUAAAGGACCGAGUCGAUAAGUUCAUCGAUCCAAGGAACAUGGCUUUGUUGUGUACGCGGAUUAAAAUCGACUGCUGCACCGCGAUAUGACGUGGCGAUAAAAUCUCUUACUUCUACUGUCGCCUAGGCUAUGGAAAUACGCAUUUAUGACGGAACAUUGCAAUAAAAAUAACUGAAAACUUAAAAACUACCUUCAAACGAACACAAUAACGGGAAGCAGCGUACAAAGAUACCAAAAGUUUCCCUAACAAAUGAACUCUCGAGCAAAGUACACGAAGAAGAAAAAGAAAGAUAAUGGAACGGCUCCUCCAAUUAUUCAAUCGCAGCACUCGUCCAACAACGAAGAGAAAGUGUAGCCCGAAGUAUUCGUGGAAACGAAAGAUAGCAGCAGGACCGAACGGGAAUAAUCGCGGUAACGUCGUCGAAGACGCAAGGAAAAGAAGGUAAUAACCGGAUUCGAGCCACCCCUACGGAGCGAUCACGACGUUCCCGUUGGCCGCGAAGACGUUGGCGCACGCGAGCACCCCCACAGAUACAAAUUCCUCUCCAGUGGGGUGGUGCGGGGGCGUUAGCGCAUGCGAUCUAACGGGAGUGGCUUGAUCGCUAAGGCUGCCACAGCGAACGGUUCAUGGAACGGCUUCAGUGUGCCUAUUGCAGGGUUCCACGAGACAACUACCCCUCCCAUACACGCCAGGCACCAUAGUUAUUGUCACGGAGGACGUACGCGCGCGCGCGCAUCUCUGUGCCUCCGCCGGCGUAGUGCUUGUUCAGCUAACUCGACGUAUUCGUCUACGACCACGUCGUUGUCGUCGUCCUGAUUGUAUACUCUCGCUCAGUACAAUUGUCCAUAAAAAAGAAAGUUUGGUCUGUACCAAAAAGUGAAACAUCACGUCGUGUGCAUUGUCGUAACAGUGCGUCGUGUAAAUUCCAACAAUUUGUGUGUCUCUAUACCCUUGACUUCUCUUUUUCUUUCUCUCUCCUUCCCUCUCUCUCUCUCCCUCUUUCUCUCUCUAUUUCACGUACACAAGAGGGUGAACCAGUACGCGUCAGUGUCGGAGGUGUGCACUACGGGGAUGUGCUUCUGGUGAGUGUUCGAAGAACGUGUGUGCUCAGUGACACGAGGCCAGAUGCGUAAUACGACGUGCGGUUUUCCUGAGGACAAGCCGUCCAGUUCACGUUCACGACGUUGAUUCGCGCACUGACAAUGACACGUGAUAAAAAUGCAUCUCGCACGACAGAAGGUUCGCAGAGCGCGACUAGCGAACAUGAUCCCGAGGGAAUAAGCGGAAGGUCGACGGAUCAUGAAUCACGAAAACGGCUGAAAGGCAGCUGCACUGCGUACAACAAGAAGCGGCUGAGGUGAAAGUGACGAUGAAGAAGAAAGAGCGGCGUUCCUAAUUGGAGAAUGAGCGGAUUUUUCAACUCCCUGAAAAACUUCGCGUCAGGAGCCGCGUACGCUGCCAGCUCUGCCUCGAAGUACGAAGAAUUGGAAGUCGAAGACACGAAGAUGAGAUUUAGCCUGACGCCGCAACCAGGAGAAAGUGGUUUUAUACAAUGGCUGGACGCGAUGAAAAUGGUUGCCAGGUUACCAGGAGGAAUUCCGCCGGAAUUUCGAAAGAAGUUGUGGCUGACACUGGCAGAACGUCAUCUAGAGCAGCGCGGCGUAGAUUGGAAGCAGGCUGAAAAGAUCUGCUUCAACGAGUGGAGCAAUCCUGACGAUGAAGAGCUUGGUAUACAAAUCGUUAAAGAUCUACACAGAACGGGCUGCAGUCUGUUUUGCGGUGCAGCUGGCAGAGACAAUCAAGCGGUGCUUCGUCGAGUUCUGCUCGGUUUUGCCCGAUGGAACAAGUCCGUCGGCUAUUGCCAGGGCCUGAACGUGUUGGCCGCCCUCGUUCUGCAAGUAAUGGAUCGCGCCGAGUCCGCCGCGGUGAAGGUGAUGAUCUACUUGAUAGAGGGUGUCCUGCCCGAGGGUUACUUCGCGGACAAUCUCCGUGGCCUGUCGGUCGACAUGGCGGUAUUUCGAGAUCUCCUCCGGGCCAGGCUGCCCAAGCUCUCGAAACAUCUGGAGGCGCUGCAGAACGACGCGAAGGACAAGGCGACAGGCAGCAGUUACGAGCCACCUCUGACGAAUGUGUUCACGAUGCAAUGGUUCCUUACUCUUUUCUGUCACUGUUUGCCACAAGAGGCUGUCCUGCGCGUAUGGGAUCUUAUAUUUCUCGAAGGAGAUGAGAUAUUGCUUAGAACCGCGCUGGCCAUCUGGGAAGGACUUUCCGAUCGUAUUAUGACGGUGACAUCAGCGGACGAGUUUUAUAGUAUAAUGGGAGUGCUGACAAGGGAGAUGCUCGAGUUCACGGAUACUAAUAACCUCAUAAAGAAUAUCGUUAGUAUGGGAUCUCUGCACGGUGUAACGGGGCUAAGAGAGAAACAUAGAUACAAUAUCACACCUUGGGCAAGAAAAUUGAGCGACGACGAGGACAGCGACACGGAGGAGGAUGAAAGGCUGGCCGUUGCUGCUGCGAUGUUCAGUAUGGCACAGCGACUGAAGAAAGAUCGUAUACCUCAAACGAUUGGAGCGCUGCAGGCAAUGGCACCCAGCAGCGACCGAGAACGGCUCGCUUUGGACAUUACCACUUUGAAACAGCAGUACGCCAAGCUACGCGAACGUCAACGACAAGCGCAUAUUAUACUUUCUGCUGCAUGUGCAAGGCAGACCAUGGUACCACCUCCUACUUCUCAGGCCAUGAAUCAUCUUUUAGUGGGCAAAAGUGCACUCGUGAGUGGGAAGAAUCGACCCCUGAGCCUACCUUCUGGUGCUGCAACGACGAAGAUAAGACCUACGACGUUAAAUCAAAACCGAAGGGACAGACAAGGCGUCACGCUUCACUGGAAAGACACCAAAAAACCGAAGCAGAAACCCUCGAAUUUACCAGAAACGGUGGAAUGCAGCGUUCUAACAAUGCAAUCCACGGAAGCUGAGCUGGCUUCUCCGAAGCGGGGUAACGGUGACAGUGAUAGCGACAGCACAUCGACGGAAUUGUGCGACGAACCGGACCGUCUCAGUGACGUUGACAGCGAAGAUCUGACGUCAGCAUCCGAAUCCUGUGUCGUCGGAACGGACGAGGAGAAGAGAUCUCGACUCAACGGAUCACCGAUUCGCGAGAAGCUACUCGAUCGUUCGUUUCUCGAGGAAAAGAUAGAACCAAUCAACGUCGAAGAUUCGAAGGACUCGAAAAGCUCCGAGGAAAACCUUGGUGACAUAUCAAUCGCUAAGAUUACCGACCAAAUAAGACGAUUAUCGGCAGAGGAUGACAAUAAUUCCAUGGUUCCUCAAAAAUUUAGCGUGCAGAGCAAAGAAUCACCGGAGGAACAAUCGACGAAAGAAUUGAAAAAAGAGAAAUCCAUAUCAAAUCUAUCUAUAGAUUACACUUCCGAUAGUAAUAUCAUUAAAAAAUCGUCAUUGGACUUGAACGAGUACGAUUAUCUAGGUUUCAGUGGCAGUAAGAUCAGUUCGAAGGAAGAUGAAGUAUUAGUGCACGAAAGGCAUCGAUCUAAACAGACAACAAACGAGAUUGUAGAUAUACCUCGAGACGAAGUUGCGACAAUCAAGAAAGACCAAACUGAAGACAAGAUAGCUACGACUAUGAAACAAGAUUCUUUAAACAUAUACUUGGAUUAUUCAGCAUCCUUGGACAAGAAAUACGAUAGAAUCACAGAUAAAUCAAGCCUAGAUGUGGAGAUUGAAAAUGAAAUUAGAUCGGAUCGAUGUAAAACAUCCUUCGAUUUCUCUAGUAGAAUAUCUUUGGACUUGAAACCGUAUGAAACUUCAAAAGUAGGAAGCUUAACCAGUGACACUUCAGACACAGUAAAUACUGAAAGAACGCUUUAUGGCAAGGCCUACGUCGGUCAUCUUCCUAUUUCACCUGUAACAGUUGAUCAAAAAUUAAGCAGAGUGACACCCAGUAUACAUACAACGCAUAAUACUACUGUAUUAACUCCUGAAACGCCUGAAAUUCUACAUAAAACGUUAGAGAACACAUCAUAUAACGAUAGAAUACAGAUGACGCAAACCAAAAUUUAUUCAGACCUAGUGAAGAGUCCUAAAACACCGGACAGCAACAAAUCAUUCAGUUCAGGUGAAACGAUGGGACCUGAUUCGAAACCAUCGAGUCUGACAGUUAGCCCAAGGACGCCGGUUAGAUCAGAAUCUCGAGAUUUCCCUAUGGACAAAUCGCUGUGUUCGUCAGUUAGCUCAGACUCGAAGACUUUGGUUCUUUGUUCCGCAGAUUCAGACAGUACGAGGGACAGCACGAAAACUGACGCGAAGAAAAUGUAUGAGAUUUCCAAUUCGACGACACCUAUCAGCAUGGACUCGUUGCAGAAAUCAGAAGCAAGCCCAAAACUAGUCGUGAGCAGCUCCAGUGAAUCGUGUAGCCCGAGUAAAUUAAAGUCUUCCGAGAGGUCGUUCAGUUCGGACCUGCAAUCGCCAAUAAGUGCCAACUCCAUAAAGUAUACCUCGAAUUUCAGUAGACGGGGCCAAGAUGACGUAUCAGGCUCGCCAAUGGACUUGAGCAGCGCUACCUCGCCGUUUUAUCCGAUUUCGAAUCCGAAUCAAAAAACUCCGACGUCCCCGUACAGUGCUUCUAGAAGAAGAUCCAGUUUGGAUAGUAACGAAACGUCACCUGAGCAGAAAUCGACCAGUUCAAGGGAGUCGAACAAGUUCCUAGGUUAUCAGUCGAAAUUUGACUCUUCCAUAAAGACGUCUGAUAUGAAAGAUGUAGACGGUAUAGCACGAAAAGGUGACACAUUCGCCAGACCAGAGUUCAUCACGAGGAAAGAAGACUCGAGUAUUAAUUUGACGGAUAGAAGAAUCAAUGUUAGUGAUGUUAAGUAUUAUCAAACAACAAGUACGGAUUACUAUCGCAAGGAUAAGGAUAUUUUUGAUGACGGAGGGGAUGAUCCGUCAUCGGAGAAAGACGUGGUACCUUCUUUGCCUCAGGAGAAGCUAGAUAAACAUUAUUUAAACUAUCGAUAUAGAGAUAGAUCGAAGUUGUUGGAAAGAAGUUCAAGCAGUUUGGACAGUAGGAGGUACGCUGAUAUGAAGUCAUCGGCUUCCACCGAUGAAUUUUCAACGUCGAUCGCGCAGAAGAGAUCCAGCGACAUUUUAGAAGAUAUUAAACACUUGGAGGCGAAAGCAAACGAUGGGUCGUCGGAUAAUGGGAUGUUGACGAAGAAGAGCAGUUAUAUUUGGGAAGAUAUGAAGAAUUUAGAGGCCAGGAGGCAAGAUACCUUUAGUGAUUCAGCGAGGAACUUUUCGAAACAUCGUCUGGAGGUACCGAAUGUAAAUAUAACCGGAGAAAGCAGAAAAUCGUACGUGGUACAUCCGAAGAUCAAUAUCGACGAAAAUAGCGACAGCAUAUUGAAGACCAUGGCCUGUGGUAAGAGUAACGGCACAGAUGAUGGCAGGGAGUCGAAGUUGGGCGUGUGGACGAAGGUGAAGCCUCGUAAAAAGAGUGAUAAUGGGCGGAGGAACAGCGACAGGGCGUUGAAGAUCAUUCAAGAAAACUCCGCUAUACUUCAGAAGAUUCUUGCGUGUCAGGCAAAAAAGCGUCUACCAGACUUGGAGGAGAUAUCGAAAGAAAUUACCAUUAGCCCUAUAAACGAGGAGAUUUCGAAGAUCUUUAGUCCGAUAUUAGAGAAAAUGGGAUUAAACGAACACGAGAUUAACGAGGAAUUGGCGAGAAUCAAUUUCAAGGAUUUCGACAACAUGACCGCUACCAGUGUGUCCGAGUUUGAUGCAAAGAUCAACGAGGAAUUAUCGAAGCUUUCUCUGAUCGACGAGACGGAGCAGAUGGACCAUUUCGACGUGGACGAGGUGAUAUCCCACGAAUACUUGAACACGAGAGAAGCUCUAAUAGAUCGUAAGAUAAACGAGGAAUUGUCAAAACUAUUGGCAAACUAUGACGAUCAUUCUCCAGCUAGUAUGGUGAGUUUGGAGAAAGGACCAUCCAGCCAGAAUAUCAGCGAGAUCGAAGGACUGGACCUGUCCAGUAUUUCAACUAACGUAUUUUCCUAUAAAUCAUCCAAUGAUUCCAUUGACACGAGAAGCGACUUAGGCUCGACGCAGGAAGCGUCCAUUCCCGUUGACAAGUUUCCGAAAUAUACGGCAUACGCCGUACCGAAGUAUCACGUGGACGAUUCGUCACCUAAAAGCGACAUAGACAUCUACAGAGAAUUGGAGAAACUCGAUAAGAUCUCUUCCGCACAGGUGUUACCAGAUCCGACUCUGGAGCUUCCACAGAAGGAAUUGUCCUCGAUUCCGUACGUUCCAAAUACGUCGCCCUUCAAGGAUGUGUCACCAUUGAGGUACACUUCUAAGCCGGCUCAAUACGACACUUCACCCCUGAAGACCUCUUACGAUCCCUACAAGACCUUCGACUUCAAGCCAAAGUUGUCACCUAAACACGUUUCUACUAAUCCAUUUGUGUCAGCUACGUAUGAGAAACCUGUGGUGGAUACCACUUUCGAGUACAUUAACCAUAAACCAGAGAUCUCGAUCAACACGUAUGAUCUACAUUUGAAGAGUCCAAUGAUGACGAAAGAAUCGCUAGAGUUUCGUGUCAGAUACGACGAUGAUCCAGUCAGAGAAGUUAACACCGAUUACAUGUCUCUCCAGCCAGAAAGUAGAUCGAUCACUACCCCGAGCAGGUCUCCUUAUUUCAGCAAUGGAAAUACCGAACCGUUAACGCCUACGAAAUAUGUUUCUAAGGAGGAGAGAAUCUUGGAUACUGGUGGUACCUCGUUUCUAGACUAUCCCAGCGAAUCUUCCGACCUUUUUCGUCGAAAAUACGACGCUUUGUCUCCUAAGGAGUACACUCAUACCAAGAGUAUGACGGAUUAUGAUAGACACUUAGGCACGUUACCUCCUAUAGAACCUGGAACAGAGACAGGAUCGUAUUUACCGACGAGACACCGAGAUUAUCAUUCUCUAUCACCGAAUCGUCAGUUUCCUGAUGACUUUCCUUCUACUAUCAAUCAUCACUACACCUCGAAACUUUCGUCAGGUCUCUCUGACGAAUCGAAACGACCGGUUUCUCAUCCGGAAUUCCCUGGCAAGAUGAAUGUUGGGAAAUAUGCAGAAUUACCCGAUAGAAGUUCCAGCAGUUACAAGAAAUCAUCUCUUAGUUUAGGAAACAUAGGACACUCGAGUAAAGGAGCUGAUAAUAAUUUCAACACCGUGACCAGUCCAAAAACGCAGUUCAGUCCCUUUCCCGUUAGAAACGCACCUAGGAAGCCGAAAGAACUCACGCUGAAACUGGGCCUCUACUCGCCCAAAAGUUCUGAUAUAGGACAGUUAAAAAGAUCAUAGUGUAGGACGAUAAAAAUUCUGCUUCUGGUUUAUCGCGUUGAUUUAUCUGUUCUAAAUGGUUGUUUGUUGUUGAUUCUGCGAAAUGUAUCAGAUGAAUUGUCUUUGUUAAGGGAAUGUUCGCAUUGACAGUGACUACGAUAUUACCAAAAUGGGCCUAACUUAUCGUUUGUGGUGCCUGAUGUUGCCAACAGCUGAAGCUAAUCGUUACCAGCGUAACACGUUAUAUGAGUUUAUACACGGAUAUCGAUCGUAGAAAUUGCGAAGUCUGCCUUCGUCUGACACGAACGUACCAUGAUCACGACAAACGAUUGUUUGUUCUAAGUUGGCGCUUCUUGUCUAAUAUCGUGUCGGUUAUUAACACAUUCCCUGUGGAUUCUAUUUGUGCAGAUGUCUGGGAAAUUUAAAGAUACAAAAAUGCAUAUAAUACACACAGUAUCCGUUAUAAUAUUUGACGGAUGUAACAAAUCUCUGCUUAAGCAUGCGUUCCUCUAAUCGUAUCCAUAAGAAUAUGGAUUUAUAUAAAAUUAUCUACGACGGUGUAUAGAAGGACGUGUCAGAAGAAGAGGCACGACUUCGAGGAUAUCGCUCAACGAAAUGAACGUUGAACACGAGUUUCACGAUUUAUCGCAUACUUACUCUUUAAUGUUAAUCAUUAACUCGUUUCCUCAAACGUUUAUAGUCUACGAACGUUGAGUAAUUAAAAAUCAUUUUUUUUUUCUACGAGCUCUGCUUCAUACAGCUUAACACACAAAAGUCUCUUCGAUGUAAAAAUACAAAUAGAAGAAAAAAUAUAAGGUGAAGAGAAAAGAAGAGAAGCUUGUGAAAAUAGCGUACAAAUCCUUGGCGAGACGUACUUGUGCGAUUUCUAUUGCAAUGCCUUCAAUCUCCCUCCAAUCAUGCAGGAAAAACCUCGUUAUCGCGUCUCGAUUAUUCACUAAAUUUACGCUAAAUAGUCUAUGGAAGCGCACGAAGCUUACUAGCGGAAAAAAGGGGAAAGGAAAAGGAAAAGGAAAAAGGACGAGAGAAACGUUACAAAAUGCCUUCCAUUCCUUCGAACGCGAUUCGCUUUACUACGGUAAUCUCGCAUGCGAUCGUAAAUUAUGACACUGAUCGCGAGACCGUGGUAACGUGAAAUUUCCUUCGAACAGAUACGAUAUAUAAUACAACCACAUAGAUUGUAUAAAAUUAUAGAAGUUGUUACAACGGAGCAGCGAUAUAGAGCUUAAUUUGUCCGUACGUUUCGCGCAAAACCUAGACGUGCAGUGGGCGUAUCGUUUAAGUAAGGACCGAGUAAGUACCAUUAUUCGAGGCCAGAGACACAAAAGAGGCAGUAAGGCAGAAAAAACAAAUUGUACAUAACUACAUAGACGUUAAUUGUAUAUUAUUAAACAAAAAGUGGUUGAGAAGAGAAAGAGGAAAAUGGGGUUGUGUGGAGCUUGAGAGUCGUUCUAAAUCUUUUUAUAUAAAAUAAAAGAAGUAGUAUUUUUAGAUGUUUCUAAUAUGAGAUAAAUCUUCGUAUCGUCGCCGUCACUGAACGAGCUUAGCUGACAAUGAGCUACGCUUGUCGCGAGAACGAUCGUUCUUUUUGCAUAUUCUUUGUUACCGAUACGACUGAAAAGGAGGCAAUCCAUUGUUUCAAAUGAAUUCAAAUUUAAAAUGGUCUACAAGUUUAAAGAAAAAUCUUUCAAUUGAAUAUUAUUCAGUUACUUUUAUAAUAUAUAUUAUAUAUAUACAUAUAUAUCUUUUAAACUAUAGUAUCUUUUAUAUAAUUAUAUAUCUUCUAUAGAGGAUCGUAACGCGAACCUCUAUAACACCUUCAAUCGAUAUUUUAUAAAUACAGGUUUCAUUCUAUUGUAAUUUGAACUGUCGUUCAAGUCGAUAAUGAGAAAUUUCAAAAUUGCCACGAAGGUAAUCUGACAGACAAGAAAUAAAAAAUCUAAUCUCAGAAUUCUGGAACAUGCGUUAACGAAGUAACACCAUAGAAAGAAUAUACAUAGGCUGAUAACAUGCAAUUUAUUUUCAUCGGCUUGCAUAGCGAUAUAGAUGACAGUCUGUCGAUCAUUACGUCCAAUUUAAUCACUGAUGGCAGGUAAAAUCGUCAAUUCGCAAUCCGACGCGUGCAGAUUUUUAUACGCAACGGUUGAGCUGGAAGAAACAUAAGCUCGACGGUUAACUAGAAGCAGAAGCGAAGAUCGUCGAUAAAAUUUUCCGAAGUAACUGGCUGCGUUAAUGUGCCUCUGCGAUCAACCCGCGUCAAGUUUCGGCUAAUUUACAACGACGUGUAGAGAACUUGGACAAGCAAAAAAGAAAAAAAGAGAAAAUAUCUGCGCGUCAAGAAAACCAGAAAUUCUUUUCGACGUUGUGUGACAUCGGUUAUAGUUCUUUUUAUCUACGUCGAUUACUCUAAGAAAAAAAGUCACGCUUGUAGACAAAAUUCUACGCGUAUUAUAAACUAGCUUCUAGAUACAACUCGCUAAUUUUAUCGCGAAGAAGAGAUAAUUCUCGAGAUAAUUCACAGUUACCACGAUCUACGAGAAAACAUGUGAAUCAUGGCACGCGAAGCUUAUGCGAUAACUUUGCACUCGAUUAAACGAUGCAUAAGAAGAAACCUUUUCUCCUGCGUAAAGAAAUCGUAAUCGUAAGUACGAAUUAGCGUUGUCUACGAUGUUACAGCGUAAUAUUUUUCAUGGCCAACAAGAACGAAGACGAGGAAUCGCCGUCGUCAUGUUCUUCCGCUGACGAGCAAACAAAUCCAGUGAAACGAAUCCGAUGAUCCGUUUCGGAAGCCUGUGAGGAAUAGAAAGUAUUCGUAAAAGGUGCUUUAGCGAGGCAUUUUGAUGCGUUAGGGAAACAAAGAAGAAUAAAAACUAUCUAGGACGUAGGUAGCUGGUAAGGAAUCGAUGAUAUAAUAUCGUUUGUUCGUUGUGUCUUGCGAAUGGUCGUUUUCGAAGAGCGGAAUAUCGCGUGGUUCACGUUGAUUCCCAGUAUUCGGUUCGUAAUAAAUUCGGUUCACUUUGUUUGUAACAACUUUCCGGAUGUAUCGUUGAUCCGACAAUAUAACAGGCGUUCUCGAUUCGUUUUCUAAGGUUACUUCUUAACGGCGGGAGCAUUUUUUAACGUGCAUGCACAUGAAACACAUGAAAAUUAUCGUAACAGACAGCGGUCAGAGUUUUUUCUACGCAGGUAAUCGAAAGGGAAAAACGUAAUCGGGAAGUGAAAAAAUGAAGGGCGUUUUAAGCGGAAUGUUGCCUUCGUGUGACGAUCGUUGCGGAGAACGUGAUUGUUACGAGAGGGCACACGAGUCCUAUUAGAAAAAAAGUCAUUUAUAAAGAAAUGUUAUAUUUACAAAAAAAAAAAUGGGGUAUGUAUGAUGUUGUUACGUGACGUUUUGUGAGACGUUGUUGUAAAUAUCUAUCGGUACGAGAUUCAUGCCAGAUAUAAGACUGUAUAUUUGAAGAGCAUAGAGAUGUAAGUCGUUAUGAAUAAAAAAUAAACGGAACAAAUAUAUUGAGGAA